AUGGGAGAAAGCUCGCCAGUCGCAAUCAACGCUAUCUCUACAAGCGGAAUAAACCGACCACCUGUGUCGCAGGAGGGAUAUCUCGGGAUUCCGACAACACUGGUGCCCACAUUAGUCGACAUCUACUUUGAUCACGUCUACAAUGCACAUCUUCUCCUCCACAAGCCCUCAUUUCUUGCAUCACUCGCUGCCGGUACUGUUCGGCCACACAUUGUACUAAGCGUUUGUGCAUGGGGAGCAAAAUUCUACCGAGACGCCAGUGGUCAAGCUACAUUGAAAGAACAUGGCUUCAUGAUUGAAUGGGCUCAACGUGCUGGCAAGCUUGUUUUCCAAGAGGUAGAGGACCUUGACGAAGACAACAUCGUCACUUUUCUCACUCUCGGCCUCUUCUGGCAUAGCUCAGGAACGGCAUUCAACUUAAUGUCCAUCACAGGCCUUGGAGAAGACACAAUGCGUGCGCAAAAGUCACUCAAGUGUGAAAUCCGUCGUCGUCGGUUCUGGACUUUCUAUUUGAUGCACUGCCAUAAUGGCGAAGACUUUUCAAUUGUCCGACAAACUGCGGAUAUCGACAACCUACCCCUUCCGUGGCCGUCGAAAGACUUCAAGAGCGGAAUAACCGACACCGCUCCAGCAUUUCUCAAUUCAAAGACGAGUAAUGGGGGAGUUUACAUGGAGGUUAUUCGAGCAUUGACUCUCUGGAAUUUUGUUCUAGCAUUCUUCAAAACCCCCGAUGAGCUCAAAACAAGAGUGCCCGCAAUUCACGCCCUUGAUGAAGAAUUAUCAAUUUGGUGGCUCCAACUUCCUCCCGAGUUUCGCCUGACACCAUCUAACCUCAUGGACACACCAUAUGAUGAGAUACCGCGAGUUAUGCUGAUCAACAUGGUUUAUCAUCAAGCUCUCUGCGCACUGCAUGCUUCUAUAGUGCCGCUGUUCUGCUGGGGAGAUGGUGAUGAGACUUGGCUUUCUGCCCGACUACUCUCCGCGCAAAUCGCCUAUGAGCAUGCCUGUGCCGCCUCAGAACUGAUUCGUGCAGUUCUGUCUGACUAUGACCGAGUCUGCGCGAUGCCUAGUUUUGUCGCCUACGCCGCCUAUUGUGGAUGUGCCAUCCAGAUACCAUUCAUGUGGAGUCCGAACUCGGUCGUGAAGGACAGAGCCCACAUCAAUGUGAAGGCCAACAUGGAGAUGAUCCGACUAGCAGCCGAGGAUUGGAAAUUUUCGGCCGUUUUGAAAGUCUUCGUCCGAUGCUUGUACAAUGUGCACAAGAAAAACCCGGUCGUUUUGGAGGACGAGCCAAAGCACAUUGAUCCACGCAAGCUGACUAACUUCAGAGUGAACGCUCCCCAUGCUCAAGCGUCCAUCCUCGAGUUCAACCGGAUCUUACGUUCCAAGAACGAUGGUUACCUCAGCCCAGGCCAGCUGGAAACCAUCGGAAUUGAGCAAGACUCCAUCGGCGCCGGCAACGGACUCGAGUCUCGGGCCUCGAAUCAUGUUGCCGACGAUGAAAAUCCUCCUCUGAUCCCAAUACCACAGACUCCGAACGAUACAGAAGACGACAGUUGGCUUCCUCCCCAUGAAGUGACUUGUCAGGUCGCGGAUGAUCCACCUCUAUUGACUCUGCAUGAACCACUUGACAAUCACUCAAGUAAUAGCGCAUCAAUGUAUCCAAAUCCAGAGCAGCACCCGCAACACUAUGAGGAGCCACUAGGAGUGACAAAAUCGCAAAGGGCAUCUCAUUCUCAACCCGCCGUCAUUGUCCCGAACCACACCAUCGACAUAUUCCAUCCCUUGCUCGAUCCUCAGAUGCUGGACCUGUUUCCGGACGGAGACGUUCCCGACUUGUCGCAAUUCGACACUAGUCCGUUCAAUCUCGAUUAUUUUGACCUUGAAAUGUUGAGUGGCAGUGGUACCAGUGGCCAGGAUUCCGGCGGCGGUGCUAGGCUGCCCACUGGAGUGAAUAACCACCAGGAUAUACUGACGUCUGGAUGGAGUCCGACGGGCGUGAACAUCAUGUUUACUUUGAACGACGAAGGCCAGGCUAAAGGAAAAUAA